AUGGACAACGCACCAGCCCUUGUACCUCUUCGUCCGCUCGAGUCCACGUCCAUAAAUUCCCGCACAACCCUCUCUGCUCUGGGUGCAGGCACGUUCAAAAUAUUCACGGAUCCUUCGUCGGCAACAUUCACAAAAUUAACCACGGACGUCCUUCAGGACCUUGCUCUCGCUUUACCCCAUGCCCAGCUAUUAGAAGAAGUCUCUUACGGUAUCACAACCUUAAGCGGCCAGGAUCUCGCGUUGCUUCUCAACAGCACGCUGCAUAUCGCGAACAAGGCCCUCAACUUGAGCGCCACGCUCAAAAAGAUCAUCAACCAGACAUGCUCACUCGCGUACAUACUCCGCCUACCACAAGAAGUCUUCGAGGAGAUCUUCCUCAUAUUGGCAUGGAUAGCGCCCCCGGACGUACGACGCUGGCACGACCACAAUCUCGGCUGGAUGGCGCUACGGCAGACCUGCUCCGGCAUUCGAGACGCCAUGUCGCAAGCUUCAAGAUUCUGGGCCGCCGUAUGCACCCAACUUCCUCGCGCCCACCCAGCAUUGCGCUCGUUGGCCCGUAACGUACCUCUCACGUUUGAGGUCUCGACCUGGCUGCCCGCCAUUCCGUCUGCCUUUAGUAUCGGAACCGAGCUGGACAGGCGACUCAUGGCAACUUUACUCAAAGACAACCCCGCAGAAGACUACCGCACAAUCUCUAGCACGGACAUGCGCAUCUGCGCCAGCCAUAUGAUGAAAUGGAUCCACGCGGGUUCUUGUUCGACCUACGGGCUACGUUUAUUGGAGUUUCUGGAAGUAGAAGGCCCCACCGAGUUCGAUGACAAAGCGGACCACGCUGCCGUGGCGACCUUCUGCGCGGACCCGUUCGCCAACGUGCCCCUAUACACACCCGCUCUGCGAUCGGUCACCUUUACCAACCUCUGCUACCCGCUCGACGCGCCCGUACUGUCCGAGUUUACAUGCACCUACGACUAUUGCGACCCGCCCUCAGACGUCACGAGGCCAACCAUCUCGGACAUCGUCAGCAUGCUCUCGCGUUCCUCGGCAACGUUGUCGCAAGUGAUCCUCGUCGACGCCAUCGAAGAAAACGACCCUCAUCCAACGGCCAGCGUCGUCGAACUCCCGAACCUCAAGUACUUGCAACUCGGACACACCAACUUCGGCGCGAUGGACGAGAUUCUCACCCGAAUCCUGGUUACUCCAUCUUGUACCGUACACGCGGACGUCAAGCUCGAACCACAUGUCUCCUCCGUGACCUCCCAGAUCCAAAAUAUCUUCCACAAACUGUUAUGGGGCCAGCCUCACGACGAACACAGAUACCUUCGAGUUCGUAACGUCGCUAUACGAAACACGUACUCAAGAAUCGAGUUUACUUGGGCUCACGACCUACCCAACGCACGCCACAUAUGCCGAUUCGACCCUUACUGCAAAACCGUCACGCUGCAAACGCCGAGGACGGUAUCUUGGCUCCUCUGCUUCCGCAUCUUUGUAAACACUCUCAGAGCCCUGCAUUACCCUCCCAUCAAGACGCUGGUCCUGCCCGACAGUACAGAGGCAUGGGAGAUCGGGUCUCGCGACACGAUGAUGCGAGAAGUCGCCAACGCGCUGUACUUACUUCGUCCUGUUGCAUUUGCAUGGCCACUCACGCGGAUCGGAUACGUACUUGGCAGCACCGCGACGCUGCGAGACCCUAAUCCGAACGAUCCGUUUCAGCAGUAUGUAGAACAUAUGCGUCGAGUCGAUCAGUUUGAUAUGUAUCGCCUGGAAUGUAAGUAA